CUUAAGAUGCAAUCUGCGAGUUCAGGCCUCGAGAUAUAAAAUUUGUAAGGGUAAAAUGCAUCACCAUUCUCAUAAUGGUGAAGUUCUUCAAAUGGUUCACAGUGGAUGUGAUACUAAUGUGUCAGCAAUAUCUCUUGCUGCCCAUUUUGGUAUCACCAAGACUUACAGCAAAUUGGCUGAUAGUGAAACAAUUUUAGAUUGUAACAGAAGAGUUUAACUUCUUUAAAAAGUUAUAGUGGAGUGGAUGUAAUACUAAUGAGGCAAAAUCUUUAGCUGACCAUUUUGGUAUCACCAAGACUCACAGCUACUUGACUAGUAGCUUCUGGUGGCCAAAUAUGAAAUAGGAUGUGGUUUAUUUUGUAAAAUGUUGUGAUAUUAGCCAGCUAGCAACACAAGAUUUGACAAAACUAACAAUGAGUUGCAUUCAAUUCCUAUUCCAACAAAGUAUGGACACAAAUAGGUGUUGAUUUAAGUGCUUUGUCUGAGAGUGAGGAUGGCUAUAAAUACAUUGCUGUAGCAGUUGAUUAUUUCAGAAAAUAUAUUGUAGCCAUGCCUUUAAAAAAUAAAACAGCAAAAUCGGUAUUGCGCUUCCUUUACUCGUUACUAUGCACACAUGGUAGGGCAAAAGUAUAAUAAAUUUGGUAAUAAAAUAUUAAUAUUAUAUAUAGAAUCAAAUUAAUGAUCAAGGACGUGAGUUUGUGAAUGAAAUAAGCAAUAAUUUUCACAAACUCAUAGGGACCAUAGGCAAAUGGCAUGGUUGAAAGAGUGAAUAGGACAAUCCAAAAUGCACUACCAAAGUGUAUUAAGGAUAAUCAAUUAAUUUGGACAGAUGCCUUGCCUGGCAUAAUAUUUGCCUAUGACACUUUUCUACACGAAUCUUUGAAAUUUACACCAUAUGAGCUGAUGUAUGAUAGAAAAGCAAAACAAGCUUAUGGGAUUGACGAGGAAGAAAAUAUUGAUCCUUACAAUGUACCUGAAGCAGAUUUGGAAUCUUGUUUUCAAGAUACAGUUUCCAGGAUUAAUGAUAUUCAUGAGAUAGCUGCUGGCAAUAUAGAUCUUGCUCAGCUUAAACAGCAGAGGGAUUAUAGAAGUCGUAAUGCUGGUAGAAAUAACAAUUAUUUAGUCAAUGAUCAAGUGCUUAUUUGGAACAGCCGUCGGGCUGAUAGGAAAGGUGGUAAAAUGACCAGACCUUGGAUGGGCCUUUAUACAAUAUUUAGGAUUCUUAAAAGCAAUGUUGAGCUCAUGAAUGCUAACGGUAGCAUUUUAAAGAGCAAAGAAAAUAUAUGUAAUAUAAAACAUUACUUUGCAAGAAAAGAUGAUAAAAACUCUGAAGUAGUGAGUUAUAAUGAGGAGUUAAAUGCUCAAGUCACUUGA